AUGUUCUAUAGACUCUCCAUGAAUACGGCCUAUAUAAUGAACAACUCAAUAGCAUGUCAUAUAAAGAAUUUCGUGCAUAUAUUUGAAGAAAUGUAUACCGUAUGGGACAAAAAAACUCUUACGAAAGGAAAAAAAUCCCCCAACAUCCACAAAUGGCUGGCGAUCGUGCUGGACGCCCACCACGGUCAGCUGGGCCUCGAGCAGCGCGUGAAGGCCUCUUCUGCCGUGCGUGACCAUUUGGCGCGCGCCUGCGAGCUGGACCCGAGAGACUUUGCCGCGCACUACAUGCUGGGCAAAUGGCACUUCCAGAUGGGCAGACUCACAUGGGUGCAGCGGACCAUCGCCAAGUACUUUAUCGCCGCUGAGCCGCCGAGGACCACGCACAAACAGGCUUACAAAUAUUUAUCGAAGGCCGAAGAUCUGCAACCUCGAACCUUCUUGCCAAACUUGUACCUCCUGGGAAAAACCUGCAUCGAGAUGGGACAAUACUACAAAGCGAAAUACUACCUUCACCUGGCGAUGAACCUACCUCCUAAAGACGAUUGUGACAACUGUUGCGUUUGGAUGGCCCGACAGCUCGUCAUGAAAUUGGAUAGAUACGAUUUGGGGAAAAAUGUUUUGUAUUACGACCCUUUGGGUUUUAUAGAUUGACGAUCAUGAAUGAAUUAAAGCAAAUGAAUUUUAUAGAAACGCUAGAGUGAU